AUGGCAGCAAUGGCCAAGCUGACUACCCCAGCCCCACACGCUCCCCCCGAGGGCGCUCACAUUGAUGCCAGGAUCCCCCUGGCCCCCCAAGGCAGCCCCAUGGGAGCCCCCCUGCCCACAGGAGCCCCCCAGCCCCGUGGGUCUACCCUGCUCCCUAGCAACGACAGCAGAGAGGCCCAGGACUCCGGAGUGGGCCCCAAGAUCCCUCAGGUGCUGGAGAAGAUCCUGCAGCUCCAGCAGAGCCGCCAGGAGGAGCUGGUGACGGUCCUGGGGGUCUCAGCUGAGGAUGAGAUGGAGACAGAGCUCCAGGCAUCAGCAUUGGCCUCCAAGGCUGAGGAGGACACAGGAACAUCCAAAAAGGUGAGGAACCAGAAGCGCCGCAACCGCAAGAAGAGGAAGCAGGGGAAGGGAGGGCCCCGGGAGGAGCCCCCAACCCUGACCUGCCCCUGGGUGGACCCCGAGCCCACCCCUUGCGAUGCCCCUGAGGUGGAGAUUGAGUACAUAACCGAGGAGCCUGAGAUCAACAACCCCAACUUCGUGUUCUUCAGGAGGAUUUUCGAGGCUUUCAGGCUGACAGACAGGGUGAGGAAGGACAAGGAGAAAGAGCCAGAGUGGGCAGAGCAGGCAGAGAGUGACGGGGUUCCCCAUAAAAAGGGACCCAAGGAUGGCACCAGGGGCACUGAUGGGGUCAGCUCUGAGGACGAGCAGGAGAAGAAGCAGGAGGCACCCAAGCUGUCCAAGAAGAAGCUGCGGCGCAUGAACAGGUUCACAGUGGCCGAGCUGAAACAGCUGGUGGCCCGCCCUGACGUGGUAGAGAUGCACGAUGUCACCGCGCAGGACCCCAAGCUCCUGGUGCACCUGAAGGCCACACGGAACUCGGUACCGGUGCCACGGCACUGGUGCUUCAAGAGGAAAUACCUGCAAGGCAAGAGGGGCAUUGAGAAACCACCCUUUGAGCUGCCCGAGUUCAUCAAGCGCACGGGCAUCCAGGAAAUGCGCGAGGCCCUGCAGGAGAAAGAGGAGCAGAAAGCUAUGAAGUCCAAGAUGCGGGAGAAGGUGCGACCCAAGAUGGGCAAGAUCGACAUUGACUACCAGAAACUCCAUGAUGCCUUCUUCAAGUGGCAGACCAAGCCCAAACUGACCAUCCACGGGGACCUCUACUACGAGGGGAAGGAGUUUGAGACGCGGCUCAAGGAGAAGAAGCCGGGUGUCCUCUCGGACGAGCUGUGGAUUGCGCUGGGCAUGCCCAUGGGGCCGAAUGCCCACAAGGUGCCCCCCCCAUGGCUGAUUGCCAUGCAGCGCUACGGACCGCCCCCCUCGUACCCCAACCUCAAAAUCCUGGGGCUCAACGCCCCCAUCCCUGAGGGGUGCUCUUUUGGGUACCAUGCUGGGGGAUGGGGGAAGCCCCCCGUGGACGAGACGGGGAAGCCACUUUAUGGAGAUGUGUUCGGCACCAACAUCACCAAGCUCUUGAUGAAGGAGGAGGAGGAGAUUGACCGCACACCCUGGGGAGAGCUGGAGCCAUCGGAUGAGGAAUCUGAGGAGGAGGAGGAAGAGGAGGAGGAGAGCAAUGAAGAGAAACCCAACCAGACAGGGUUCAUCACCCCUGCUGACAGUGGGUUGAUUACCCCAGGGGGUUUCUCCUCAGUGCCAGCCGGGAUGAAGACACCGGAGAUGAUCGAGCUCCGCAAGAAGAAAAUAGAGGAGGCUAUGGAUGGGAGUGAGACCCCCCAGCUGUUCACAGUGGUCUCUGAAAAAAGCACAGCGACCAUGGGCAGGGCCAUGAUGGGCUCCACUCACAUCUAUGACAUGUCUGCAGUGAUGGGGCGUAAGGGACCAGAGACAGAGGCACAGAGUGUGGAGGUGGCGCUGGCCCCUGAGGAGCUGGAGCUGGACCCCACAGCCAUGACUCAGAAGUAUGAGGAGCACGUGCGGGGGCAGCAGGCGCAGGUGGAGAAGGAGGACUUCAGUGACAUGGUGGCUGAGCACACCGCCAAGCAGAAGAAACGGAAGGCGCAGCCCCAGGAUGCCCAUAGGGGAGCCAAGAAGUACAAGGAGUUCAAGUUUUAG